GGCAAACCAUAACGCUAAUGAGUAAUGCUCUCUCCCUGCCUUCUUACACAAUAAAACCCAGAACAGUACUGUUAUAUAACCAUCUCACUCACUUUACACCUUCAUUCAAAUCUCCUCCUUUUCUUCCUCAUAUCACCAUCCAUUAAUCUUCUCAUUCAAUCUUUUUCUGGGUAUACAAAUUUUGUGGUUAAACUCACUCAAUCACCACUUUAUUUCAUUUCCACUGAUUCGAAGAAUCUCUUUAGUCUUCAGGAAGUUUUGAGGAAUAUAGUAAUGGAUGAAAAGCUGAUUCCAUUUCAUCAGAGAACUGAGUCAGGUCGAGUUGGACGAUUUGAGAGAUUCUCCCAUUAUGUUGCUAGACAAAUUGGGUUUGAAGAUCCGAACAAGUGUCCCAAACUAUGCAAUUUGGUAAACAAUUACUUGAAGAAAAGUGAAGGAAGUGAAUCAUCUAUAUAUGAAUAUUUGUCUAAUGAGCCAGAAGCUGACAAUCUGUAUGUCAAACUAAUUGACGAAUUUGAACGUUGCAUUCUUAGCUAUUUUUGUUUUCAUUGGACUCAAACUGAUACUAUGAUCAAUUAUGUGCUGUGCAAUGAUGAUCAUGAGAAGAAAUCAAAAUUAAAAGAUUGUGUGUUUACAGCUACAAGGAAACGGAGAUUUGAGAUGGCGGUAAACAAUUUAAAGGUAACAAGAGUGUUCAAUACCUUGGUGGAAGAGAUGAAGGCUAUUGGUUUAACACCGUCUACUAGCCGCGCCGAUGAAGUCAAAUGCACGGAGGUUAUGGUGCCUGUGGCUCAUAACAAGAGAUCUCCUGUUCUUCUUCUCAUGGGUGGCGGAAUGGGUGCUGGCAAGAGCACUGUCCUCAAAGAGAUCCUUAAAGAGCCAUUUUGGUCGGCGGCAGAAGCAAACGCAGUGGUGGUGGAAGCAGAUGCAUUUAAGGAGACAGAUGUUAUAUAUAAAGCGCUUAGUUCAAGUGGUCAUCAUGGGGAUAUGCUUCCAACUGCUGAAUUGGUGCACCAAAAUUCGACAGAUGCAGCAUCAUCAUUGUUGGUGACAGCCCUAAAUGAAGGAAGAGAUGUGAUAAUGGAUGGAACAUUAUCAUGGGUUCCAUUUGUGGAGCAAACUAUAAACAUGGCUCGGAAUGUUCACAAAUGUCGAUACCGAAUGGGAGCUGGCUAUCAGGUAGCAGCAGAUGGAAAAGUUACAGAGACAUAUUGGGAGAAAAUUGAAGGUGAAAAUGAUGCCAAACAAGAUAAGGACAUGAAACCUUACAGGAUUGAGCUUGUUGGUGUUGUUUGUGAUGCUUAUCUUGCUGUUGUAAGAGGUAUCAGGAGAGCAAUAAUGAUAAAAAGGGCAGUGAGAGUGAAUUCGCAGCUAAGAUCUCACAAGAUAUUUGCAGGUGCUUUUCGAAAUUACUGUCAACUUGUUGACAAUGCCAGACUCUAUUGCACCAACGCCAUCGGUGGUCCUCCUCGGUUGAUAGGAUGGAAGGAUGGAAAUAGCAGGCUACUAGUAGAUGUAGAAGAAAUUGAAUGCCUUAACAUAUUGAGUGACCUCAAUGAAGAGGCCGAGUCCAUUAACCAACUUUACAGUGACCAUACUCCACUUUAUAAUUCUGGUUCGGUUUGGAAAGAGAUGGUCUUAUCACCUCUAAGGCCCAACAUUCAAAUGGAUCUUAAUGCUGCCAUCCUUAAAUCUGAAGCUGAUGUUGCUGUUUCUUAAGAGCUAUCACUUGCCCAUUAUUCCUAUGGCCCACCCGUAUGGUUCACUUGGAGUACAGAAUUUGUUGUAAUUCUCGGUCUACAAUUGGAUUCCUAAAUUUGUCAACAGAAUACGAUUGAUUUGAAUUCUCAUAUGCUACUUUAACAACUUAUCUCGUCUCUUUAUCUUUAUAUAUACAUAAUACAUUAUAACUCCUUUAA